AUGUCUUCUACUCAACAAAAUCAAUACACUUCUGUAAUUGUUAUUGGAGCUGGUGGAAAUUGUGGUCUCGAAAUUGCCAAAGCAAUCUUAGAACAUUACCCACAAGUCAAGUUGACCUUGCAUGUUAGAAAUGAGGAAAAGGUUGCCUCUUUGAAAGAAAAGGGAGCUAAUGUAAUUGUUGGGGAUAUUCUCUCAACAAGUGAAGAGGAGCUCGUAAAUGCAUUGUCUGGUAAAGAGGUAGUCAUCACUGCUCUUGCAGCUAAUCCUGAGCUAUUGCUUCAAGGUCAAUUGAAACUCAUUGAAGCUUCCAAGAAGGCAGGUGUAAAAAAGUACCUUCCAACAACCUAUGGUUUGAAUUUAAAUCUUUUCAAACCUGAGGAAAGUAUGUUAAAUGAUGCCAAGUUCAAAAUUACUGAAACUAUCAAACAAAGUGGUUUAGAAUGGACUCAAGUGAAUGUUGGAAUCUUUGCUCAUAUGGCUUCCUUCUUAUUAUUCAACAAGUUUGACACAGAAACCAAGACAGUUCAUUACAAUGGUGAUUUGAGUGAAAAGGUUGAUGUUAGCUUUUUAGAAGAUAUUGGAAAGUUUGUAGCUAAAGCUGCUAUCAGAAAGGAUAUUGUUGGUGAUAUUAAUGUUGCUUCUGACACUUUGACAGUUAAGGAAAUUGCUCAUUUCAUUCAUGGUGAAAAUAUUGAAUUCAAACAAGAUCAAACAGCAGCUGAUUGGAUUAAAUCCAUCCAAGAAAGAAUUGCCGAAAAGUUAAAUUCUCCAAGUGAAUUAUUUCCAAUUCUUUUGGAGCAAUUAAGAUGGACAAUUAUUUCAGGAAGAAGAGUUGAAAGCUCCAAUAGUAAUCUCUUCCAAGAUAUCAAACCAAGAUUAUUCAAAACAAUCAAUCAACAAUAA